AUGAAGGCUAUUUUCGACAAUGGUCUCGAUGAUGAACAAGUUAAACAACAACGACAAAAAUUCGGGGAGAAUGAUAUUUAUACAAAAUUAGUGGAAAAGUCUAGUUCGAAAAUUUCAUUCUGGAAGGUUUUCAUUUCCGAAGUGAGAGAACCAAUGAUUUUAAUGUUGUUUGUGGUUGGAAUAUUAUAUUUCAUUUGGGAUUCAUUGUGGAAUGCUAUUGUUGUGUUUUCCUGCAUUAUCUUGAUGGUUUUGGUCGAGGUUGGAAAUGAAUACAGAUCAAAGAGAGGCGUGAUGGAGCUCAAGUCUUCUUAUUUCAUGUCAAAGACUUGUACUGUAAGGAGAAAUGGUAUUCUUUCUAAUAUUUCAGUUUCUGAUCUUGUUCCAGGAGAUGUUAUUAACUUUAAUGGAGGACAAAUUCUUCCAGCUGAUGUGAGACUUUAUAAUUAUGAAAAUAGACAGAUUAGUGUUCAAGUGGAUGAAUCUAUUUUGACUGGUGAAUCAAUGGUUUGCAAUAAGCAUGGUAACAACAUCUCUUCGAAUGAAGACAUGUCAAAGUGUGAAAACAUUCUACUGACAGGAACCUCAAUCAAGAAAGGAAAAGGUUUCGGUAUAGUAGUUAAUGUUGGUUGUGAAAAUACUGGACUCGGUAAUAUUCUCAAGCUAUUAGGUAAAAGUAUGGAAAAGGAUAAGAAAACUGAACUCCAAAAAACUAUGAAAGAACUUGCCAAGUAUUUGACAAUCAUAUCUAUUGUGAUGGCUUCCAUUAUUGUCAUUAGUCUUCUCAUUAAGAAACUUCAUGUUCCAGAAUCUUUGGCCAAUAUUACACAUAUAAUAACAGAUAAGACAGGUACAAUUACUAAAAAUUGUCUCCAACUCAUUCAAGUCAAUCAGGUUGAUAAGGAUGGAAAUGUAGAUCUUGUCUACGAUACAAAGAAACAAAUGGAAAAGAAUAAUUGGAUUAUAGAAUGGUUGCUUUCUGGUUAUACUGAAGUUGGUGCGGAUUUAGCUGAUCCAUUUGAAAAGAGUGUUUCUGAAGAGUUAGAAAGAUGUUCUAACCAAUCGUGGAAAGGAUUUUUGAAAAACAGAACUGAAAACUCUUACAGCAUUGUAGAUGAGAUGCCAUUCGAUCAUACCAAAGGGUUUGCUACCCUUAUUCUUUCUUCUGGAGAAUCUAAGUUUGUUACUCAUAAGGGAAUUCCAGAGAGAAUGAUCACUAAUUGUUUGUUCUACCAAGUAUCUAAUGAAUCAGAACAAGUACCAAUGACUGAAGAGGUAAGAGAACGUAUCCUAUCGUUUUUGGAGGUUGAAACAACGAAAGGAAUGAGAGUAAUUUGUCUAUGCAAAGACAAUGAACAAUCACAGAUGGUUUUUGUGUCAUUGCUUUCAUUCACAGACCCUCUUAGAAGUGGUGUCAAGGAAGCAAUUUCUGAUUGCAAAAAUGCAGGAAUUAAGGUAAUAAUUGUGAGUGGUGAUCACACAAACACAGUAAUAUCAGCAGCUAGGGAAUGUGGACUAUUGAGCAGUGUAAAACAAGAUUUAUUAGUUGAAGAGCAUGAGCAUUCAGAAGAUGAAGACAUUGAAUUAGAAGCUUCCCUUCUCUCCAAUAGACAAUCUGUAUGUAUUGAAGGAAAGGAUGUCAACGAUAAAAUGGAUGUUGACUCUGUUUGUGCCAUUUCGAGAGCAACACCUCAAAAUAAGUACGACUUGGUUGAAAUGUUAAAAGAACAGAAGGGAUAUAAGGUUCUCGUCUCAGGUGAUGGUAUGAAUGAUGUUCCAGCAAUUUCCAAUGCAACUGUUGGAAUUGCUAUGAGAUCUGGAGUUGAUUUGGCGAAAGAGGCAGCUGAAAUCAUCAUAAUGGAUGAUAAUUUUGCUACCAUUGUGGCUGGCAUUAGAGAAGGAAGAAGAUUGUAUGCAAAUUUGAGAAAAUCUUUGCAAUUCUACUUGUCAUGCAAAGUCACCCUUGUUGUAUUGUUUGUUACAAACAUGAUUGUUGGUGGUUCGAGUGCUAUUCCAUUUAUUCCUCUCGAGCCAAUGCAAAUUAUUCUUCUAGAACUAUUUAGUGAUAUUGGAGCAGCCACUACCUUUGUGUUGGAAGAGGAAGAGGAAACCUUAAUGAAAAAUCCACCAAGGACCGAGAAGAAUUUUGUUGACAAAUCCUUUAUUUAUCACAUAAUAAUUGGCUCCAUAUCUCUCUUUGCUACAGUAUUCUCAUCUUACAUGUUAGGAGUGUUUGUGCUAUCUCCAAUGUAUGGUCUUGAAGGUUCCUCUCACCAAGAAUAUGCUCAAAAUUGGUUUGGUAUGCAUGGAAUUGUCUUGUAUCCUUUUGUAUUAUUUGCUCUCCCAAAGGAUUGUCUGUACAAGGAAUUAAUUCAACACGAAUUGAUCCAUGCAAGGCAGAUUAAACGAGAAGGCUUCUUCUCCUUCUACUUUUCCUAUGCGAAGGAAUUGAUGAUGAAUAUUGGAAGGGAAUUAUUGAAAGCCUUUGCAAAACAAGAACCAAAGAAGAGAAAGUCAUCAAGAUCAACAGCUGUUAGUAUUGAAAGUAGUGGUGGUGGAUUUUCUCUUGGGAAGAUGAUGAGAAAUAUUUCCUAUGAAGAUGAAGCCUACGGCUUGGAACAUGUAUCAUUGUAUGAUGAAGAGAAGAAAUAUUUGAAGGAUAGAUUUGAUAUUGAUAUGGAUGAUUUGAUGACAGAGGAGGAAUAUAAUUCGGGCGAUGUUUAUAGUAGUUGUGAUGAAUAA